AUGAACGAGUCCAUGGAAUCUUUCGCCAACCGGCGAGACCGUGAGGAACGUUACAGGCCUAUGUUGCCAAGAGACCGAGAGGACAGGGAGCGUGCCUACUUCAGAGAAGACGUGCAGACGCUACCUUUAUUGCAACGAAACACAAACUAUCCACGAGUGCGGCAACGAUCGCCUGUUGGCUACGAAGAUAUGGACAGAGUGCCUCAAGGAGGUGGUAUGCCUUUUUCUGAUCGAAGGGGUCUGGGUUCUAAUAUGUUAAGAAGUAUUCCUGACGUUGGUUCAGCCGAUUCAGGUUUCCAAAUAAACGAGCGCGAGCCAAGAACAAAGUACGGCGAACGCUCUAUGACGAGAGACAUGCGCUUUCGCAUUGCAAAUAACUCUCAACCCAUGUCAAGCUCAUCAUCAGAUAAGCUCCCUCCACGAGGCCCAGGUUCAAAUUUGAACACGCAUCGAGAUUAUAUUCCCAUGAAUAAUAGCAAUCCUUACUACAGAGACUAUCCUUCAAAUCGUUAUCACGAUAACCGAGAUGUGCGAGGUAGAGGAAGUUCCCACCGCGAUUACCGUGAUCCAAAUAAUUACAGGAAUAUACCUUCACCGCUCGAUCGAGAUGCACAUGAUUACCGUGACAGAGAUUAUACAAGACCUCGACAUAUGCGAGACUGGGAUUCGAAAGAUAAUAUUUAUUAUCGUGGAAAUAAUUUAGCUCCACAGUACUUUGAUAGAAACAAUGAUUUAGGUGAAUAUAAACACGAUAUACUAAGAGACGAGUCAGGUGAUUCUGAAAAAGGUAGUAGAUAUCUAUCUGGAGCAACAAGACAUAAUCAUUGGCGAGCAAGAGAUUCAUUGCAAGUUAGAAAAUCAAGGUCUUGGUCAGAUUCAUCUUCUAAUUCCGAGUCUCCGGGACGUUCUGCUUAUCAUCAAAAUCGAUCGACAAAGACAUCAUCCACGCGGAGUGUGUCACCCCAUGCGAUAUCAUCAACUGGGAACUCGAGAUCGUCAUCCCCUCAACGUCCUGAUAUGGAAAGGACACCUUCUGGACACAUCCUCAAGAUAACUCUAACGAGCAUGUCUGAUAAACCCAACGAUGAACUAGAGUAUAGUAAAAAUCGAGAUGACUGUGAGGAGGUCGAGAUUACGGCUGAUGGUAGAGAAUCUAAAACAAACGAGGCAUCCAUCAUUACCGUUGACGAUGAAGAUGAAAUAGAUCACGAGGUUACUUUAACAAAAACAAACUCUGAAGCGGAUAAUGACUUUAUUGAAGAACAAGACCCGGGUGGUAAUGAUGCUGUUAGUACUAGCGGCGCCAGUUGUAAUGAUAGGGGAGGAUGGACAGGGUGGAGAAGUCCAGAGCAGAAGGAUGCUGGUAUAGACGCAAAAGAGGAAGCAAGUGAUAAUAUGUCAGAACAGCCAAUGGAUAUAGAAAGUGUGGCUUCGAGUUCAGAGAAGUCUCAAGAUAUGGAUCUCGCAACAGAUGAGGAGGAACAAGCGGGCGAGUCAUCAUAUAGUUCAAAGCAAAGAAAAAAUUACAGUUCAAAUGACGUCGGCCAAAUGAACAAUCAAAAUAGCAACAGUUAUUUCCUUGGAGACGUGAAGUCAAGUGCGGAGAACAAAAGACUGUCCAUAGGUAAAGAAAAUGAUAUCGGUUCGGAUACAUCCAAAGCAGAAAUUUCUGUGAGCAACAAAGAGAAUAAAAAUUUAUCAGAGAAUGAAGCUGCGUUAUUGGAAAAUAUCGAAGAACCAGAUAAUAAAUCGAGCACAGUGAGUGAUUUUAAUUCAAAACGGAAUAAUGCUCAGCUGCCUGCAGAGCAGGAUAGCGUAUUUGAAAAGAAUGCUAAAACACAGGAAGACGGAGAGACGAAUGGAGAAGAAAAUAUUGAGAGCGUGUAUAAAGAAGAAGGGGUCGGAACACAAGGAGAGAAAAAAGGUCAUUCUGUAGAUGAUCUUACCACUCUAAGCGAAGCUAUCGGAAACCUAGAUUUGCAAAUCCGAAAAGAGGAAGCUUUUCUUCAAGUUCUCCUACACGAAAUGGACGUAGAACAAUAUGAACGUCAAAUAGAAGAACAUCACGAUACUGACUUUGUUCCUAAAACUUCAGGACAUGAAAGUUCAUCGUUACAUACGCUCUCGGACGAAGCGGAUAAUACACAAUAUGAUUUAUCUGAUGCCGGUUCGGUUGAAGACCAUGUUUAUUCAUUUCAGAGACAGAUUUCGCCUAUCAAUCGACCGAGUCGAAAAAUUGAACCUCUGCACAUUAGAAUUUAUGAGCAGAAUCAAGCACUUUUAAGACAAAACGGUGCUCAGAAUGGCUCUGAAUCAUAUAGGAUAUUUAAGAGGUCGGAAGAAUAUCCAUUUUUCUUUAAUAAUAUACGCAAACACGAAAAACUGCGAGAAGCAAUGAUUAUGACAUUACGCGAAAAGAAAGAAACCGUUACUGACAAAGAAAUGACAUUGAAACUCCAAUAUAAAGCUUUAUAUGAAGCCUGGAAGAGGAAAGUAGAUAAGAUGAAUGAGAAGAAAAUUGAAAAUGAUCAAACAGCACCUGUAUCCACGUUACGGGGUAACCGACGUGGAGAUACCGUGAGGUCUGAUGCCGAGAUGUUUGAAAUUAUUAAGAGAAUUGAAUCUGCUGAAUCCCGUAAUCCCGAACUGCGUGCUCAGCGUACACUUGCCACCAUUCCACCGAUGAUACUUGAUGCAAACGAAUAUAAUAAACAGAAUGUUGAUGAUAAAUGUAUAUUGGUUACUGAUCCGUAUACAUUCUACGGAAUAGGAGUUGAGGCUGAAGGUAUAUGGAAACCUGAAGAAAUUGAUGCGUUCAAACAGGCCUAUUCCGAGUUUCCCAAGAAGUUUAGUAGGAUAGCCGACGCUAUUGGCACAAAGACAGCUGCUCAAUGUAUUCUCUUCUAUUAUCGGAAUAAGAAAAAAGUAGAUUUUAAAUCACUUAUUAAUGGAAGAAAUGGUAGAUCGAGGCGUAGAGGGGCUGGUCGUCGCAAGGCUGCCAAUCUUGGGCCUACCAUCGAACUGACAACAAGGAAAAGACCCAAGACUCAAACUCUAGAGGAUACUGGGAGUGGUGAGAAGACAGUUUACGAGAAUGGGCUACUCAAGAGGAAAGAGAGAGAGGGAAAAGGUCUCAAAGGUCUACAAGAGACUGCUGAGGACGCGAGAUAUUUGCUUACUGUUACCAUUAAGAAGUAUGGUGAUGACUUCCGUACCGUAGCUAUGACCACUGGGCAAUCUGAAGAAGCGUGCCGGGAAUUCUAUUAUAAUGAAUAUCUCAAGCAAGAUAUUAACGAGUCUAAUAACAAUGAAGCUGCGAUUGAUGAAGUGAUCAUUGAAGAAGAAACAAGCGCGCCUUCAAGAAAACCCAAAACUACGAGAAGGAGAAGAAUAAAAGGUAGUAAAACUGAUGAAAUAUCGGAUAAGGAUAAGGAAAAAACAAGAGGCUCAAAAAGAAAAUCGGUUCGUACGAGGAAGGAUCAGGCAAAGGAUGAAAUGCAAGUAGACGUAAGUUCCGUGGCUAGCUCUAAUAAUGAAGGACGUAGGGCAUCUGGGAAGGGAGAUGACAAGCUUCCUCCGAAACGCGUUCAACAUUCUUCUUAUUGGUCUACAGCAGAAAGAGAGAUGUUUAGAGCUUAUCUCCGAAAAUUUGGGUGUACUUGGGAACGCAUUGCAGAUGCAUUGAAGACGAAGACUGCACAACAAGUGAAGAACUAUUAUAAAAAGGAAUAUGAAAACAAUCGACUGGUUGCUGAAGGAGAAAGGAUUGAGGAUAGAAAUGAUUUUAGUCGUUUGAAAGAGAAUGGUGUAAUAUCGAAUGAGAAGUUGCCGAGAGACGUGUGGUCACUAGACACUAGUGGGCAAAUAUCUCAAUCGGCUGAUGGCAAGCAGUCUUACGAAUAUAGAUGGUCACACGGAAAAUAUAAUGGACCAUCAAUGGAUCAUAGACAAAGCAUUCAACCCGAUAUAAGAAGGUCUUCUGUGUCUGGUUCAUCCGUCAUUAAUGUGCUUGCUUCUCCUCCGCAAGCAAAACGACGUAUAGCUGACCUGUUGAAUCCGUCUGAAGAGACAAGUGAAUCAGACAUUGGAUGGUUUAGUGUGUCCGCUGAGGAAUUAACAAAUAAUAAACGCCUGAAACCACAUACCACAGUUGAUUUAACAGUUGAUGAUAAUAGCGCUACCACCCGUAGAAAUAUCUCGAUCAACUCAGUCUGUUGGACAGUCAGCUCCAAGCCUCAACCAGAAAUCACCUACCCAGAGAAUAUCGCAGAUGCUAUUGCAACAAGCUCAAAUGCAUCAAGCUAUGCAACAGACACAAGCCAUUAUCCAAGCGCAUCAAUUUAA